CCGGAGCCGCGUGGACGGGGCCAAGGCGUGGGCGGGCGAGGCGGCGGACGGAGCCAAGGCGCGAGCGGGCGAGGCGGCGCACGCGGUGCGGGAGGAAUCGCGCGCCGUGGCGGGGGAGCUGAAAUCGCGGGCGGCGUCGGCACGCGCGCAGGCCGUGGAGACGGCGCACGCGGUGCAGGAGGAGGCGAGCGCGGCCCGGGGCGUCGUGGGCAAGACGAUCGAGCGCGGCAUCGAGAAGGGCCGGCAGAUGAUCGGGCGGGCACAGGCGGCGGUGCUGCUGGCCGAGGAGCGUGCCGAGGCGAAGGUCGACGCCAAGCUGAUGCACCUGUCCGACGUCGAGAAGGCACUGGCCGAGCGCUACGAGAAGAAGGACCCCGACGCUAUCAUGAGCCAGAGCGUCGACGAGCUCCUGCGGGCCCGCUACACGCCCAUAGACAAGCGGGACAACACGAGGUUACGGGGGAUAUAAUCCCCUUGGCUAGCAUGUUUUUGAGGGGGAGACGCCCUCCUUGUCCAGCAAGACUAAUUACCCUCCCUGCUCAAAUCCCACUCCCUGCUGCAGCGGUCGAGCACACCCUGUCUUGCUUGUUGUACUGCAGAUAAUACCUCUCACACACACAUACACAUACUUUCUUUUCUUUCUCUUUAGACCACUUGCCCUGAGACGGAAAGUGAAAGGGCGCUCAACAGACAGAGGUGAAUUGUAUUUCAGUAGUGUGCAAUUCCUGCAUCGGAAGCAAAUUGUUAAAACAGGAACGAACGGUAAAUGGAAAAUAGAGUGGGCUGUUCAUUCGGCAGCGUAAAUAAACAUGCGCCCUUUUACAAUGUAGACUAGGUAGUCCCGAAUGUGAUAUCGGUAUUGCAGUCAUCCAAC